GCGAGAGCAGUCUUGGUGAUCACAAUCGAUAGAAUCCUCCGACAAAAUGAGGUCGCCGUUGAGUAACUGCUAACUGACGGAUUUCCCCAAGUCUGCGGCUUUUUCACUAUCAGGCCAGCGGUGGGAGGCUGGGAGCAAACAAAGCCGUCACUUAUCAACGACUCGGCCUUAUCCAGCAUAUUCCAGCAUAUUCCAGCUUCUAUUGAAAGACCGAGAGUAAGGGCCUUUGGGCGUGGAUUUGAGACGAAGACAUUUCUUCUCGACACGAUUCAACUCUCUCUAUAUAAUUGAGGCGUUCGGGACGACUUACACCACUGCACUCACCACACCAUCAGCAGCCCCUAAACAUGACCUUAACAACCGAACCAGAGCCCUACCGGCUCACAGCCACCGAGGCCCUCGCCAACUUCCGGUCCGGCGCCCUGACCGUCGAACAAUAUGCUCGGUCUCUCCUAUCCCGCAUCGCUGCCCGGGAUCCCGUGGUUAAAGCCUGGGCCUAUCUCAGCCCUAAUCUCGUUCUGGCCGAAGCAAAGCGUCUCGAUAGUAUACCCGUGGACCAGCGAGGUCCGCUUCACGGGGUAGCUGUAGCCGUUAAGGAUAUCAUCUACACCAGGGAUAUGCCCACGCAGUUCAAUUCGCCUCUUUACGAGAACGACGCCCCAAAAGUCGACGCAGCUUCUAUCACCAUGCUUCGCCUUGCCGGCGCUCUCAUUUUGGGCAAAACCACAACAACCGAAUUCGCAGCAACCUCACAAGGCCCCCCAACCACAAACCCGCAUGACCCCUCCCGCACCCCGGGCGGUUCCUCCUCCGGCUCCGGCGCCGCAGUAGCCGACUUCCAAGCCCCGCUGGCCCUAGGGACGCAAACCGGCGGGAGUCUGAUCCGCCCCGCCUCCUUCAACGGCGUCUACGCCCUCAAGCCGACCUGGAACGCCGUAUCCCGGGAAGGCCAGAAAGUCUACGCCCUCAUCUUCGACACCCUGGGAUGGUACGCCCGGUCCAUCGACGACCUGCGUCUGCUUGCCGACGUCUUCAACCUGCAAGACGACGACGACGACGACGGCGACGGUGGCGACAACCCGCGCUCCGGGAAGGAGGACGGAUUUUCAAUCCAGGGCGCCAAAUUCGGCCUCUGCAAAACAAUGGUCUGGUCCCACGCCGGCCCCGGCACCGUAUCCGCCAUGGAGAAAGCCGCCUCGCUCCUGCGCGAGCACGGGGCGACCGUCGAGGAAUUCGACCUCCCGGAGCACACGGCCGAUUUCCCCGCUUGGUAUGAUACCCUUCUCGACGCGGAAGGCCGUGUCGCCUUCCUCCCCGCGCACCGCCUCGAUAAGACCCGUCUCGCCGACCACCUGGUGGGGCAUGUUGAGAAUCGGAGGGGUUCGUCCAAGCGGGAUCAGGUGCGCGCCUUCGAUUCCAUUGCUGCCGCACGCCCUGUCGUUGAUGCCAUCUUGGCCCGCUAUGAUGCUGUUGUUGUGCCCAGUGUCCCCGACGAGGCCCCGCUGGGACUGGGGUAUACGGGUGACCACAUCUUCAACUCUCUGUGGACGGCCAUGCAUACCCCCGUCGUCAAUGUCCCCGGCUUCCAGGGGCAGAACGGCAUGCCGGUGGGCGUGUCGCUUGUCGCCCCGCGAUACAACGACCUGCGACUGCUGGCAGUUGGUAAAAAAGUCGGCGAGGUAUUUCAGGCCGAAGGAGGUUGGAAGCCGCAGGACUAAAAGAUCACCACUUGCAACCCCCGGGGCAUGUUCAUCUGGUAUCAUUCAUAAGAUCCC